AAUUUGACAUUGUCUCCUUGCGUGUUUCUUCCAAAGCUCCCCUUCGCUGAAAAGAUGGGGUUUCGUCUGCAAGGCGACUCAAAAUACUUCCUCGUGCUGCAGAAUAAUGUUUUGAAAAGGGAUUCUCUUCAUUUACUAUCCUGCGCUGAGUAUUUACAUGAGUAUCUGAACGUGGACAGCAAUCUGAAAUGGGUGGACGAGGAGUAUUGCCUGGAAAUGGACACAACGAACCUACACUUGAACACUGUCUUCGUCUUCGAACGCUUUUCCGGGGCUGCAUUUGAGCAUCUGGUGGCAAAUUCUAAAGCACUCAUUAUUGGAACACCUUGCUUGUGGUACAGCCUUGCCCGGAACGCCAGUAUUCCUCUGUGCUGCUCAAGAGCCGUCUUCUCUCUGGCCAUGAAAGAUAUUCAAGUGUAUCUGCACGAGUUUCCUGCCACUGAACGUAUGGAAGCGGAAAAGCUCAUUGGCUGGAUGGGUGGCUGCUGUCUCGAGAAACAGGACAAGAACUGCGUUUAUCUGUCGAUUUACUCGAUGAAUUUCGAUGUGUUCGAGAUGUACAAAAAUAUGGGUAGCAGCGGACUCACAAUCUUUGGAUCAAACUGGGUAUAUGAUGUUUGGAUGAAGAAUCACACUCAUCAAAGUGUCCUGGCUAUCGAUACCUUCUUCAAUUUGCAUCGCAUGCCAGUGUUCUUCGGGCUGGUGAUCUCUUCGACCAAUUUGAGCGAUAGUCAGGAGCAGGAUUUAAGGAAGUUGAUUGAGACUAACGGUGGCACGUACUCCAGUACUUUCGAUGGCAAUACGCACAUUUUGAUCAUGGAAAAAAUGAUAAAAAAGAUCAGAAAUUCUCUGUCCGGAAACCACAGCAUUUGCCUAAAGAUUGAUUGGAUCUUCGAGUGUAUCAAUAAGCAGCACGUCGUGUCCUUUGAGAAGUUCCGAUUUUAACAGGUUCGUUCAGCUUGAUUCCACGUGAAUCCAUCAGUAUAUUGAUAUAAUAUACACAUUUUGUGAUAAAUAAUAUCACUUGUGAUAAAAGAUAAAAUUUGUAAUCGAAUUUAAGACAAUUAUUCCUAA